AUGUACGAAGCUGCUAAACUUCUUUUUAAUAAUAUAUCCAAUUAUGCUAAAUUAGCUAUUACAUUAUGUUAUUUGGGUGAUUAUCAAGGUGCUGUUGAUAGUGCACGUAAAGCUAAUUCAACAAAAACAUGGAAAGAAAUUUGUUUUUCUUGUAUUGAUAGAGAAGAAUUUCGUCUUGCUCAAAUGUGUGGUAUACAAAUAGUUGUACAAGCUGAAGAACUUGAAGAAUUAAUAAAUUAUUAUCAAAAUCGUGGUUAUUUUGAUGAAUUAAUACAAUUACUUGAAGCAUCACUUGGUCAUGAACGUGCACAUAUUGGCAUGUUUACUGAAUUAGCUAUAUUAUAUUCAAAAUAUAAACCACAAAAAAUGCGUGAACAUUUAGAAUUAUUUUGGUCACGUGUACGAAAACCAAAAGUACUUCGUGCAUGUGAGCAAGCUCAUUUAUGGUCUGAACUUGUUUUUCUUUAUGAUAAAUAUGAAGAAUAUGAUAAUGCUAUAUUAACAAUGAUGGCACAUCCAUCUGAAGCAUGGCGUGAAAAUCAUUUUAAAGAUAUAAUUGGUAAAGUAGCUAAUAUUGAAUUAUAUUAUAAAUCAAUUGAUUUUUAUUUGGAAUAUAAACCAAUUUUAUUAAAUGAUUUACUUUUAAUAUUAUCACCACGUCUUGAUCAUACACGUGCUGUUAAUUAUUUUCUUAAAGUAAAACAAUUACCAUUAGUUAAACCAUAUUUACGUUCGGUACAAAAUAUAAAUAAUAAAGCAAUUAAUGAAGCUUUAAAUAAUUUAUUAAUUGAAGAAGAAGAUUAUCAAGGUUUAAGAAAUUCAAUUGAUGCAUAUGAUAAUUUUGAUAAUAUAACAUUAGCACAACGUCUUGAAAAACAUGAUUUAAUUGAAUUUCGUCGUAUAUCAGCUUAUCUUUAUAAAGGAAAUAAUCGAUGGAAACAAGCUGUUGAAUUAUGUAAAAAAGAUCGUUUAUAUAAAGAUUCAAUGUCUCAUGCAUCAGAAUCUCGACAAUGUGAAAUAGCUGAAGAUUUAAUAUCAUGGUUUCUUGAUGAAAAAUUAUUUGAAUGUUUUGGUGCAUGUUUAUUUCAAUGUUAUGAUCUUUUAAGACCUGAUGUUAUACUUGAACUUGCUUGGCGUCAUGAUAUUAUGGAUUUUGCUAUGCCUUAUAUGAUUCAAGUGAUGCGAGAAUAUAUUACAAAAGUGGAUAAACUUGAACAAUCAGAUCAAGUUCGUACGGAAAAUGAAACCGCUAAUGACCAAAAACCAAUUGAUUUUAAUGCUCAAGGUCCAUUAAUGAUAACUGGACCUGGUAUGGGUGUUUAUCCACAAGCCGGCUUUGUUCCUGGUGGUAUGUAUCCAACAUACGGUGGUGCACCAGGUUAUUCAGGAUAUUAG